CCUCCCUCUCCUGCUCUCCACUCCACGCGGGCGCUUCUUCUCCGCCUCCAAUCCCUCCCGCCUCUCGUUGGCCUCACUCCUCUAGUGCUUCCACACCUCUCGCUGCGAUCCGUCUCGGUCACCCACGGAGCACGUGGUGGCAGUUCGGUAAUGGCGAGGAGCACGCGGUCGGCGGCCACGGAGCGUGCGUACCUCCACCUCGCGCCGCCGUCCCCGGUGGCGCGCGGCGUGGCGGUGCCCGUCCCGCCCGCCGCCGGCGCGGGCGAGGAGUUCGACGAGUCCGACAUCUGGGGCGCGCUCGCCCCGAGCGCCGCGCCGGCCCAGGCGCCGGCGCCGCGGGCCCGCCCGCUCCCGGCGGCGCCGCCGGCGUUGGCGGGCGGCGCCGGCCGGGCCGCGCACGGGUCCCUGCCAGUGAACAUCCCGGACUGGUCCAAGAUCCUGGGCGGCGAGUACCGGGCCCACCACGCGGGCUCCGCGGCCGCGGCCGGGGACGACUGGGAGGUGGACGACGGCGACGACGAGGACGCCGCCGACGCCGUGAUCCCGCCGCACGAGCUCGCGUGGCGGCGCCGCGCCGCGUCGCUGUCGGCGCACGAGGCGGGCGGGGCCGUCGGCAGGACGCUCAAGGUGCGGGACGCGGUGUGGAAGCGGACCACCGGGUUCCAGGACUGACCGUGACCGUGACUUGGCGUACGUGGCGACGACUUGGACGGCGCCAUUGCGCCAUAGCUAGCUGCUUCGCUUCGACGACAGAGGAUUUAGCUUUUGAUCGGGACUGCUAGUUGAUUACUGCAGCUAGGAGAGUAGUGCAGUUGAUGCUGGAUUUUCGUAACAUUAAUUUAACAGCGUCUUCGUUACCCUUUUGUUGUUGGGAGGAGAUCACCAGAUCAGGGAGAGAGACAGGAGAGAUUCUUUGACUUGUUGUACUUGUAAGAUUUGUUCAUCGUUGCGUCGCUAGUGGAUCAUCUGUAUGUUUGAACAGAAUGCAGAACACUAGCAGGUGACGUCGUCGUGUAUGACAUUGUUACAAGUUUA